AUGACUCUUCGGCUGAUCUCUAGACGAAUACCUCCUUCUCACCGCUUCUACAGUAAUCCUCCUCCCCCUUCAAAACUUCGAAAUAUCGGAGUCAUUGCUCAUGUGGAUGCUGGCAAGACUACAGUAACGGAGAGAUUACUGUACCUGGCGGGAGCCAUUCAAAACGCGGGAUCUGUGGAUAAGGGGAAUACAGUGACCGAUUUUUUGGAUAUCGAGAGAGAGCGAGGGAUUACUGUACAAUCUGCGGCGGUGAAUUUCGACUGGGCGGGGCAUCACAUCAAUUUGAUUGAUACUCCAGGACACGUGGAUUUUCGAGUCGAAGUCGAGCGAUGCGUUCGCGUUCUCGAUGGAAUCGUGGUGGUAAUCGAUGGUUCUGCUGGUGUUCAACCCCAAACGCUAACCGUAUGGGAUCAAAGUUCAAAAUUCAAACUUCCCGCCCAUUUCUUCAUAAACAAGCUGGAUAAAAAGGAGGCGAACUUCGAGCGAUCCGUGGAUUCGAUUCAACAAAAACUCGGGGUCCAAGCAGUGAAAUUAGUGAUUCCAGUUGAUAAAAUCGGAAUUCUAGACGUCCUGAACUCUCAGUUUUUGGAUUUUAAUAAAAAAGAAUGGUCUAAUUUGAAGGAAAAUGAAAAAAUUCAAGAAAUUCUCCAAGAAGCUCGAUCGGAUUUAUGCUAUAAUUUAGCAGAAUUUUCGCCGGAAUUUAUGAAAAUUUUUCUGGACGAAAACGAGGGAAAUGUGCAGAAAAUUGAGCAAGAAUUGAUUUUGAGGACCCUUCGAGAGCUCACAAUUGGCUCGAAAAUCGCUACAGUAUCCUGUGGGUCGGCGAUUCGGAAUUUGAAUUGUGUAAAACCGAUUCUGGAUUCUGUAGUGCACUUUUUCCCAUCUCCAGACCAACGAAACACGGAAUUCAGGAGAAUUUUUGAAAAAGAUUUAGCUGGUUUGGUUUUCAAGAUCACCCAUGACAAACGUCGCGGCCAACUCUCGUACAUCAGAAUCUACACUGGACGUCUUCAGAAUAAUUCCACAAUCUUCAACGCCUCUCAAAUGACGUCAGAGGGACCGUUGAAGGUGUUCACUCCUUAUGCAGAUGAGCUUAAAUCGGUGGACCACGUGGAAGAGGGGGAUAUUGCGGUGGUAGCCGGUCUGGAGAAUACAGUAACCGGGGAUACGGUAGUACAGAGUGCAGCGAGUGCAGAUAAGGCUUUUGAGACGCUCAAAUCCCUGUCCCAUCCAAUUGAUCUUCUGCAGUGCAAAACAUCCAAUGAUGGUAGAUCAGUCGUUUUCUCCGGAAUCGAGUCCCCCGACGCCGUCUUUUUCUGUUGCAUCGAACCGCCAUCGAAUCGACAGCUCCAGCAAUUCAAUCGAGCGUUGGAAGAGCUCACCCGGGAAGAUCCAUCAAUGAAAAUCCGUUAUGAUCGAGACACGGGACAGACGAUUGUGGAGACGCAGGGAGAGCUACAUCUAGAAGCAAUUAAGGAUCGAUUGAAGAGAAAUUAUAAAUUGGACGUUUUCAUUGGACAAUUACAAGUGGCUUAUAGAGAAAUGCUCACGGAAGAGUUGAGUCAUACGGCGAAGGUUGAGGAUGCGAUGAGUGAGAAGAAGAGGCCGGAGUUUGUACAAUUGACCAUGAGGAUAGAACCCACAAAAGGGCAUGUACCCUUUAAAAAGAUCGAUUUGGAGCUUCCGCAAUCAGCGAAACCAAUCCGUCUGGACUGGCAAAAGGCGAUCAACGAGGGAUGCUCGAAUGCACUUCAGAAUGGACCGCUGGCAUCGUACCCAGUGCAUGCCGUUCGAGUGGUGGUAACCGAGUGUAUCGUCAGUGGUGGCAAGAUCAAUCCAGCGCUUUUAUCCGCCUGCGCUCAAAAGUGCGUCUCCGAAUCUCUGCAACGUGGCGAAAUGCUUCUGACGGAACCAGUGAUGAGUGUUCAAAUCGACGUGAGAAGCGACGAUUCGACCCAACCGAUUCUAAACGAGCUCAUCCGACGAAGAGCCCAAUUUGAGGCGCAAUCUUCUUCAGAAUAUCGACGGAUCUCAGCGAUUCUGCCACUUUCGGAAACUGAGAAUCUAUCGAAGACGGUGCGGACGUUGACAAGUGGAUUCGGGGAUAUAAGUGUGCAGUUCCGGGGAUAUCAACAAGUUGGAGAUCACGAAUUGAACAAUAUUCUACAGAGGAGGACCGCUGGAUUCUAA